AUGUCGAUCGAUAAAAAGAAAGCAAAAUUGAUAAAUACUAUGUAUUAUCCAAGAGGACUGUGUUGUUCUAGAUCAGGCGAUAUCCUGGUCUGUAUGGGUGAUUAUAAAUAUUCACUGUCAGGCAGAGUGGUCAAGUACAGUAGCAUUGGGGAAAUAGUUCAAGUGUUCCUAGAGGACCAGAAUGGGAAGCGACUUUUUGUAAAUCCAUACUUUGUGUGUGAGAAUGUGAAUGGCGAUAUCUGUAUUUCUGAUAUUGAGACCAAGAACUCGAAAGUUGUCGUUCUGAACAGAUCAGGAGAGCUUCUGUUCAAAUAUUACGGUAAUAUGCAACUUAAGACAUCAGAAAAGGAAUUUAAACCGCUUGGCUUAGCUACCGACAGUCUUGGUCAAAUCCUUAUAGCAGACAACGCCAAUAACGCUGUACACCUUAUCAGCCAGGAUGGGGACUUCCUGUCUUACAUCCUGACAGAGAAUGAUGGGAUAUCACUUCCACACAGAAUAUCUGUGGACACGGCUGAAAACCUGUGGAUGGUAGAACAAUACAAAGCCUGUGCCAAACUGUACCAGUAUCUGUCAUAA